CGUCCAAGUUUGACGGAAAGGGUAAUAUUGAAAUCCGUUAGAAACUUGAAAGGUAAAAUUGAAACCAAAAGUUUUGUAAUGAUGAAAUUGAAACCGAGUCUAUUUUGUAGGGACCAAAAAAAUAGAUAAGCCUGCAAUUUUUGAUUUCUCAAGUUUAAACUUCCCUUCCUUGUACUUCUGUGUCUCCUCAUAAGCUCGUUCGUACUUCCAACCCAUCACCUCACGACAGUUCCCACAAUGGACAUCAGCAACCGUGUAUAGACCAGUCAUGAAUCAAAUCAAUAAAUGUGCCUAAGUCAAUAAAUGUGCCAAAGCCCGAUUCAUUCGCCAUGGAAAUAGACUCUGGGCACAAUAAGCUUUUGUCCAGUACUUGUACAAAAAGUGCUGGUGAAGCUACUCAUGUUUCAGCUUUAGAACUAAGGAGGAUCAAUGGCACAAAAUGAGUUCAAAUUGGAAGGGGUGAUAAAUGGUGAUGACUCAAUUUCAUUCACUCUGCGCAUCGCUCAGUCAUGUUGUCAUGCUCGGAAUAUUGAUUUUGUGUUUUACCUUGCCCGUGAUACUGCACAGUCAAUAGUGGGUGAGAUGGUUGACCAACUUGAUUUGUCAAAUGAAGAUUUGACUUUCAUAGCUGAGUUGAUAGACAGCUUGAUUGUAAAACUCGUACCGAACUGGAAGCCCUCGUUUGGAAACUCUAGGAGUAAAGAAAGUCCAUGUGAGGAUUGUACACAUGUAAAUAAUCAAAGCUCUAUGAGAUGUUCUUGGGCUUCAAGAUCUGAAAGAGUUUCUGGUGAAGCCAUUUCCAAGGAGCAUGAUUCCACCUGAUAUGUGAAUAAGGAGGUCUUCUGAAGUGAAUGGAACAUGAGUUCAAAUGGGUUUGAAGGAUGCAAGGGUAGUUUCUGUAGAUCUGUCGUCAUGAAUGAAAUCCUGAAGACUUCGGAGACUUCUUUUCCAUGUAGUUCUCUAUCAAAUGAUGUCAGCUCGUUGAGUUUUUCUACUCAAUCUGUAGCAGAUGGCGAUCAAAAGGGAUGAGUUGAAGCUGGAGCUUGACAUCAUUGACAUGCAAUAUCGCAAGUCUUUCUAUGAACUCCUCAGGAUACAGGAGGAAGGAAUGGAAAAUGUCAAAAAGAAGUGGAUCUUGAGGAGGAAAAUUUCUGUU